AUGUCUGUCUCCGAGCGCACCUACAUCAUGGUCAAGCCCGACGGUGUCCAGCGCGGCAUCGUUGGCAACAUCAUCGGCCGCUUCGAGCAGCGCGGCUUCAAGCUGGUCGCUAUGAAGCUCGUCCACGCCACCCCCAAGCACCUCGAACAGCACUACGCUGACCUCAACGGCAAGCCCUUCUUCCCCGGCCUCAUCAAGUACAUGGCCUCCGGCCCCGUCGUCGCCAUGGUCUGGGAGGGCCUUGACGCUGUCAAGACCGGCCGUGCCAUGCUCGGCGCGACCAACCCGCUCGCGUCUGCUCCUGGCACCAUCCGUGGUGACUUUGCCCUCGCUGUCGGCCGCAACAUCUGCCACGGCUCCGACUCCGUCGAGAACGCCGAGAAGGAGAUUACUCUCUGGUUCCCCGAGGGUACUAUUCAGUACACCAACGACAUGGCCAAGUGGAUCUUUGAGUAG